GGGAGGCGGGGGAGGCUGCCCGGGCUCCCGGCCGUGCGGGCUGCGGCCGGGCAUCUCCCGCCGCCCCGCUGGGCGCCGUGCCUGGGGCGGGGGGCCUGGGGCGGGCCCGAGGGGCGGCAUCGGGCGCGGCCAGGCUUGGUGCACCCCUGCCACACGCCGGCUCACCAGAGUGUUUUUCCUGCUUUUCUUUCCCUUGCCCCCGUCUCGGUGGGGACUAGCCCAGCCGUGGUGGGGGUCAGAGGAGGGGGCGCUGAGGCCUGCCCGCCAGCGGGGGCACCUGCAGCAGGCAGAGCCGAGCUCCGGCGGAGAGGGCGCUGAGGGAAGGCGCUGAGGGCGCUGGCAGCGCUCAUGCACGCCCAGAGCCCAGGGAACCCCUCACAGCCCGGCCGUGCUCAGCGCCGUGCUGAUGGACAGAGGGGCUGGGUGCAGCUCUGCACAAAGUCGCUUUCACUCAAAAGGUACGAAAAGGAACAAAACGCAUGAAAGGAAGGAAGGGCCGUCGGCGCUCAGCAGCCAGGAGACCGCUGGGGACAGGGACCUGCCGCUUCCGCGAUGCUGCCGGGAGGUCUGUGGUAGGAAUUGCCAGAGCUCUUGCUGCCCGCUUCCAGUUUAGGAGAUUCACCACCCUCCUUUUGCUCAUUCCCUUUUCCACAGUCAAAGAGCAUAAAGCACAAAAUGCCUUCUGUCGAGCAAAAGACAAACAAAGAAAUGCAACCAUCCAAAACCCAAGCCAAAGUGCAUCUGGCUUGGGAUGAAUACUGGACCAUGUCGGCUGGGAGUGGGAAUUUUUCAGAAGGCUGGACUCCAGUCCAAAACGGACCCUGUCAUUUGGAGUCUGAAUAUGAAAACAGCUUGCAAAACAUUUUUUCAGGCUUCUGACAAAAGAGUUGGUCCUUCUUUUGCUCUGGUAUCUAGGCUACAUUGUGCAGGCUCAUGCAUAUCACUGGUUUUAUUCACAUGAGUAAUUCCAUUUGAAUUUGGAGCGACAACGUGUAUGUCUAAAGUUACUUAUAUGCUUUCUGUCUCUUUUAUAUACUGCAAUGAUGUGGGUUUGGUUUAUUUUUUUCAUUUGUUGGUGCAGCCCAGUAACUGUUGGCAUCAAGGUUAUAGUGAACCAUCACAGUUGUUAUUACUGUUUGUCAGCUGGCACCUUUGUUUUCCUUGCCAGACUGAAAUGCAGCUAUUCCUCUCUAUGCAAUCUAUUUCAAUUAUGCAAUUAUAUCAUGGUUUUAUGCAAUCUUCUUUCACCUGAUGGUGUAAAUUCAUGUCCCUAUAAAAGAUCUUUUUGUACUCAGUUUUUAUUCCAGUCAUGACUGACAGUCAUUCCAGUUGUGCCAUCUGAGUUUUUCUCACACAGGUCUCUCAUGACUUCUCCCGUACAGAAUAAUCUAAAUUCAUACUGAUUCUAACAGGAUAUCUGGAUGUUUUAGUGUCUGCCAGCUGGAACUUUUUAUUUUUCUGAUUGCCAAAUGCCCUCUCUUUCCUCCUUUAUAUUUCUUCAAGCUACAGUUUCUGCUAUUCUCAUAACCUUGUAUGUCUUUUCUAUCUCAUUGCUUCAUGUUUGUCUAAGGGCAAAAUGUCACAGGGACAAGAAAAGCACAAUGUCUAUAUUCCAUGAAGUGUAGCAUUAAGUUUUAAGUGCGACUGAGUGUUUUAUUAGAUGCUUCUUUUCCUCAGUCAGGGGAUAUAAAGAACAACCGAGUAAAAUUCAAUGCUGAUUUUUUGUUUUUAAUGGAAGAUAAUAGGUUUUCACUGCUAUACUCUCAGUUGUCAGGCAUAUACUCUAGUACCUUAAUUUGUGCCUGAGGAGAGUAGUCAGGCUGAGCAGCCACUGACUCCUUUGUCAACCAGAGUCUUUCUUCCUAACCUAGAAAAUUUUGUGAAUUAGUGUGAGUAGAGUCUCCCUUAGGAAAUAAAGUAUUUUGAAGUUACUUCAGCAGCAGGUCACAAGCUGUCAAGAAGAUGCAUUCAGUCACACCUAAGGACAGAUUUAUUACACUCAAUCUCCAGGGAACCUGACUACCGUAUCUUGAAAAAAUCCAGCUAGUUAGUUUUUGUGAAAUCCCCAAAUGAUUCCUUCUAGGAACACUGAGAACUGCUAUUUCUGGGGGAAGGGUGAUGACCUGUGCAUUGAAAUGACCUGCUUCAGUGGUGACAGUACAAAUUACUUCCAAGGAAAGGCUAAAAGGCCAAAUACAUCUUAAAGACUGCCCUGAGAACAUGGUGGGAAUUUCUCAUUUCUUUUCUCAUAAAGUCUGAGGACCAGAAACUGUAUUUCCUCCCUCUGUCAUGCCUAGAAGUUGCAAAAUCACCUGUUUGUCUCAGGUAAUUGCUGAAGAGCUGCCCUGCUGCAGCAACACUUCACGGCCAGGGUAUCCAUUCCAUUUAGGUGCUGAGACCAUAACAGAGACUGAGUUCUGCCUAUGGGUAGAGUCACCAACAGGACCCUAAAUAAGAUUUGAAAAGCAGAUUAGGUUCCUGAAGUAAACAUCCUAUUAUAUUAAGGACCACAAAUAAAUAAAACCCAUCCACACAUUGAUUAUGAGCAUAAACUUUUGAUCAGACAUGGCUGCUACCCUGGAUUUAUACAUCCAUAAAUGCUAUACUUGUGCCAUCCAUGGAUGUGUAUUUAGGGAAGCUCUUUCUCAGAAACUUAUUCAAGAUUGAGAUGCAGUUAAAUGAUUAAUUGCAAAUGUAAAUUGUAAUUAAGAGAUUACCUUGGGAGAUCUACUAAUCAAAACUAUAUAGUCUAACUUUUAUUGUAUAAAAAAGCCCAUUCUUAAAAAAAAAAAAACCUAUCAAAUAACUAACAAACAAAAGCCAACAAAAAAAAAAUCUCCAGUAAAUGAAAUUUUAAUUUACUAAGGAAACUAAUGUGGUAAAUAUGUAUUCACUUUCAUCUUACCAUAAAACAUAUUUAAAUACAGCAGAAAAGGCCAUUUCCUGAUUCAUAUGCUAGAAAUGUAUAUAAAAAUGUAACAACCCCAUAAAUAUUUAAAAUACUGAAUUUAUUCUUCACAGAUACUUCCUCCUCCACCAUAUUUAGGAAAUAGAUGAAAUAUUUACUGUAUUAUUCUAAACCAAGUUUGUAUUUUUGUAUUUGUUUACUUUAAAAUAAGAUAUAAACCUAGCAUAUAGGAAAUACGAUUGCAUAUAUUUAUAUUUAAUAAGUUAAUUUAUUACUACUUAAGAGUUCACUUUCUAAAAGAGAUGAAAUAGUGCUAUAAAACACUAAUGACUGAAGGAUUUUCAUUUCUGGGUGAAAGCUUCUAGAAAAAAACAAAAGACAAUAUAUUAAUAAUGUCAAUUUGCAAAUUUUAAUUUUGGAAUGAUACACAAACAUAAAUUUAUUAUGAACUUCUAAAAUUAAAGCUUUAAUAUUAAUGUGAUCUGAAUUAAAGGAAAGCAAUAUCUUGCCUGCAGAGCUCCAGAAACGGGCAGUGAGCUUUUCUCUGGGAGAGAUUGAUGAUCUUCUUGUCUGUUGUGCAGUGAUGGUGCCAAUGCCCUCGGUGCUGUGGCACCGCUCUCUCCAGAAGGAACAGUUACAUACAGAAACUAUAAUAUAUGCUGUUUCAGAAGAGUUGCCCCCUUUAAAAUACCUGUUCAUGUUAAAAAGCAUUUUGAAGCACUGAGAUACAGCAGUGAUCAUGUUUAGAAAUACUGCCCUAAUCUUGUUAAAAUUCAACUAAGAGUAUUCAAAUAAAAGCCUCCCAGUUUUUCUCUCAGGUUUUAGUAUGUCUGCUCUAAGCUUUAUUCAGACAACAGGGUUGUUAUUGUUUUACUUGAAAGUACCUGUCUUUCUUCUGAACCCUGAAAUCAGGAUGGAGCUGUGUCUUCUGCUUUGAUUUGUCAUUUUACAAACCCUCCUUUUGUCCUUCAGCUUCUGCUGUAAGAAGCAAUACCUCUUUCUGUUCCCUUCCUUUUUUCUUGACUCCUGGACUUGUAAGCUCAGUCAUGUGGUAAGUGCAUGUCUUACAACACGUGGCAAAGACAGGCCCUUAUUUCAGUCAAGAAUGCCAAUAAUACAGAGCUGUCACAGACACCCAACAGUCCUAGAGCCAUUCAUACUUUCAGGUUGAAACUCUAAAGCUGAGCAUCUCUGAAAAUUACUUCCUGUAUUCUGAAAAAACAAACCAAAAAAAAAAAAAAAAAGCCCACCACAUAAACAGUUCAGGUUAUCUUAAGUUUCGGAAAAAAUGAAAUCGCAAAUCAGAGGAUACUAAAUUAUCACACAUAGUGAAGCAUUGCAAGUAAUCGUGAUAUACUGAAAAAAGCCAUUAUUCUAAACAAGUUGGGUUUGUUUCUAAAACUUUGUAAGGGCCUUGCAAGUCUCCAGAGUUUCCUCAUUCAUGCAGGCAGUCCCAUUAGAACCAGACUUACAAUAAAACCACCUCUAGAGCCAAGGUUUCUAGGAUAAGCACAAAUGGGAAGAUCUGUUAUUAUUUUUGAAAAGCAGUAAAACAUCAAGUUGCCUAGUGAGAAAAUGCAGUGUUCUGCCUGGAAAGGUGUAAGGCUUGAGUUCAGAAAACUGGGUCAUUAACAAAAAAGCCCCAGAACAGAACAAGAUUUCCUACUUGGGCCCCUCCCCAUAUGAGUGGUUUCAAAUCUCAUUACAUUCCAAAAAGCUUGAUCAUUUUAAAAAUGAAACUUUUCUGAGUGUAUUGAAAACAGAUGGAAAUGAAUCAAGAGGCCGAGAUAAAAAAAAGCUUUAAUGAAGAUCUCUUUAAGCAAUACUUUAAAUAAAUAAAUCACUUGUAUGAGAAACCACAUCUAUCAAAAAUAUAAAUAAUUAUAUAAUGAACAUAUAAACUACAUUUCCUGAAAUAAUUCCUGUCUUGCUACAUUUCCUGAAUUAUUUGUAUUAUGAAACAGUAGUGGGGCGCCAUUAAUUGAUACACACUCAGUGCUAUAGUUACUGCAUUAAUUGCAGCUCUCCAGGCCCUCGACUCAGCUCCUCCAGCCCUUUAACAAUUGGGAUUGAUUGCACAGGAGUUAUUUUUAGAAUGGAAUGGCAGAAGACUUUGGAGAGCAGCAGACAUUUUUGUGUGUGCUACAGCUGUUUUGGGGAAAAAAAAAAAAGUUGAAUAAAAAUGUUCAGAGUUAUCUUACUGGAUUUUUUUUUUUUUUUGUGAAGUCAGAGCUUCCUGUUGGAUAGCUGAUAUUGUAUCAAGUUGAAACUGAGGUCAGUGGUGCAGGACACGGAGGACAAAGCUUGGUGACAUUGUUCUCAGAGGAGGAGCAGCUUUUCUUUGGAAAUGGGACUGCUAAGGUUGACAGUAGAUGAACUCUGGUGGGUUGGAUGCUGUAGACAGGCAAUCUGGGAGUGAAGUUUGCAAUUUAAAAUACCAAUGAUGAAAGGCAAGAUUCAUUAUUGACUUGGUUGGUUUUUUUCCCCUGCUCUGGAGUGGAGCAGUUAACUGAUUGUUAGGGAUUGUAGGUCGGCUUCCAGGAAUGUGUCAGCUGAGAGUAAAUGGCCAAGAGCCACAGGGGCCAGCUGAUGCUGGAAAGGUGUGACUGGGAGGUGACACCCAUUCAGUUCAUCCCCGCUUGACCUUUUGUUAUCCCAUCCUGCUCGCCUGCCUUGCAAGAGUUCAGCUGGGCUAGAUAACAACUGGACAGGACUUUGUGGCUAAUCUGUUAUAUGAAAUCAGGGCUGUCAUCAUCUCUGAAUGUUUGUACAACAGGAGGCAAGGCUUGGAGGAAGAUAAACAAGCAGAAAUAUGUAGGAAGAAGAAUAACCAGCUUUAUCAGCGAGAAAAAAACACAAACAGCAAGGGGACAAGCCUGUUUUACCUUUGUAAAGUAUUAGUUACCUAUCACCCUUUUCAGAGUUAAUGACAUCAGUGGCAGUAAUACCUUGGCACUGUUACACUGCAGUGCAUCAGCAAAUUUGAAGGGUUGUACUAAGGAAGUGACUGUCCCCAUUUAGUUUUGGAAGUGAAUGAUUUGGCUGUGAUUGCUCAGAAGCUUGGCAGAGUUAGGGAGAUAAUCCCUGUUUCAUGCCUUCAGCUGCUUUUCCCUUUUCAAUAGGAUGCCAGAAAGCAUUAUGGAUUUACAUGCCUAUAAUGUAUCAUUACUUCAUAUCUGCUAAUUCCACAGGACAUGAGAAAUGCACCCUUAGUAAGUGCCACCCAUUUUUGCAUUCUUUCAGAGGAAACAUACACAGAAUAUACUUCAGUUUCUACAGUAAUAGCUUAUAAUACUGAUUUACAUAAAAAAAACCCAAUAAAAUUGAAGAGUUAAUCUUGCCUGAAUAUGCUGCAAGAGAUUCUCUAGUAUCUCUUUGUCACUGAAUAUAUUCCAGUCUUUAAAAAGGUAAAUUUUAGAGAUUAAUGGAUGAUAAAUUAAGUUAGGUACAAUAAUUUCAUAUUAAUAUGAAAUAUAACUAGCUUUUUUAUCUGGCUUGUUUUACUGUAAUCUUUGUUCUUCCUCAAGUUAAGUGCAGCUUGCCCUGGAUUUACACAUUACCAUUAGGUAAAUGACUCUUCCUUAUUGAUUUCCAUCCUGGGUUCUCAAUGCAGCUGGCAUCUGGCUCCCACUGAAGUCUUGGAACUGGGAGAUUUUGUCACUUCAUUUGGUGAUGUGCCACCUCAGACACAUUAUCAACACAAAUUCCAAAAAUCUGGUUUAAUGCUGGGGGGGGGGGGUUUAGGUGUGCUUUGUAAAAUAAUCUGUGUUAAAAUAAGCCACUGUUCUGAAGAGGAUUAAUAGAAGAAUGUUUUUCUGAUACUUACGUCUUCACAGAACACAGUGACAUCUUGUGGCAUGGGAAGGGCUGGUGUCUUUUUUUUUUUCAGAUGAAUCCUCAUUUUAGCAGGUUUAUAGAUAAAAGUCUAAACAAAUUCUGGAUAACUGCUAAUGCAUUACUUCCAUCUGUAAUAUUCACUCUUUCCAAAGUUUUUUUUAGUAUAGGUUUGUCUAAAGUACUCUUUUAGUUGUGCAAAAAGACCAAGCAUUGGUAUUGUAAAUGUAGUGUGUUGGAACUUCACUGAUUUCAGUUCACCGAUAUUCCUUGGAAAACUUUCAGCUCCAGGAAUGCUCCUGUCCCAACCUCACUGGUACAAGAAUCUGAGUCAGAAUUUCAGGUGCUUUACUCAAGUUAGUGUGUUAUCACAGAUGGACAGAGUUAUCCAAUGUUACUUUUGAGGGGAUUGAAAAGAAAACACAGUAACAUUUUAUCAUAAGGUGGAGACUUCCUUUUUUUCCUUUUUUGUCUUUUUGCAGCUCAAACAGGGUUUAGCCCUGUCCCUGAUAUUUUGGGACCCUCGUCUGACAUGGCAGCCCUUUGGAAGCUGAUCCUUGGAUAAGAUCCUGGUUACCAGCAUGAAGGGAAGAGCUGCCCGCGGUGCGCGGGAAGCGGCCGAGGCGCAGCAGCCGCGUCCCUGUGACCGAUACAAACACGCCUGUGCUGUUUGCAGAGGAUUUGUUUAUCUCUACGGAGGGCACGGCAGCACCACGCUGAGGGACUUCUGGAGGUACCACACAGUGAAAAAUGAAUGGGAAAUGUUGGAUUGCUCAAGAGAUGGUCCAGAAGAACUGGAAGAACAUUCAAUGGUGGCUUAUAAGGGCAGCCUGUAUAUUUUUGGUGGGAUGGUAGAUUCUGCUUUCACACAAGCGAAAACUCCUCUCUGGAUAUAUGACAUUGAUUCCGCAAGAUGGACAGAGAGCUGCAACGAACCAGCAGAAACGGAGAGCUCUGCACCAGCUAACAGAAAAGGUCACAGUGCAGUCGUGUACCAUUCCAGUAUGUACAUCUAUGGGGGAUACUUUGGCAUCAAAGGCAUUUCUCAGGAGUUUUGGGAAUUCCGUUUUGGUACGAGGAAGUGGCUGUGUGUCUCCAGCCCCUGUCACAGCAGUGGUCCCGGAGCGCGGCACGGCCACUCGGCAGUGGUUUAUCACACAGCCAUGUACCUCUUUGGGGGGCUGAUGGGGCUCACUGAACAGAGGGACUUGUGGAGGUGGGACUUCGGAAGCAGCAGCUGGUCCAGCAUCAGAACAAGCCAAGGACCUCCUCCAGUGGUAGGUCACGCUUCAAUAGUCUGCAAAGACUCUAUGCUGAUUUUUGGUGGAGGGAUUUCAAAUUCCAGCCCUAAUGAUGACCUCUGGAAGUAUCAUUUCCAUACGCAGACAUGGAAGAAGCUUAGUAGUACUACAAAGGGAAACUUUUCUCCUAAAAUGUAUCACUGCAUCUUAGGAAUUGGUGCGGAUUUCCAAACUACCUCGGAUUUCACUGAUACAUUCCCCAGCCACUGCAAGAGUGAGCACAAGGACCGUGCCAAGCUGGUGCCCAUCCCGAGGUACUCCGGCUUUUGCAGCUUCUUCCACCCACAGCCCACAGAGCGGAGCAACGCCAUUGAAAUGAAAACCUUCAGCCUGCCCCUGGAGCCAGCAGAAUUCCCUGCCUUCCAGACCACUUCAGAGGCAGGACUAGGCCCAAAGAGAGACAGGAGCUGUUUGUCCAAGGACAAGUCUCUCCAUCUGUUGGCCUGUUCGGGAGAGGCUUUUGCUUCUGCUCAGGCUGUGGGUGAAGAGGAGAGACCUGACUGUGGGUGUGUGGCCAUGGGGGGUGAGAUCAGCAGUACCAACACACUGCUGCUCAUCGGGGGCAAACCUUUGUCCAGCUUCUCCGAGAUCUCCUUCAGGGAAAUGGAGUUUGAUUGCUUGUGAUUGCUUUGCUUGCAAAGUGAAGGAAUAAAUUUCCACCACGGUGGCAGUAGGUGGAAAACCAACUGCUUGCAACUGUCUUCAGCUUCCUAUCAGCACGCUGGGGAAAAAAAUAAUUAAACCUUCUCAUACUUGCUGCGAACAGAUUUUUUACAAUGUUAACAAAACCCGACAUAUAUUUAAGUCACAACUUGCAUGUAAGUUGUGAUUUCUGAGAGGAGCUUGUUGGAAUGCUGCUCUUUUUGUUACUUUUCUCCUGGUCACUUCAUACCCUUUCAAAUUGGCAAUGGCCAAUGCUGCCUUGAAAAUCAGAACUGCCUUAACCCAUACUGGCUCCACAAGAUGCCAUUUCAGGGGCAAAGCUCGCUUGUUUUGCACUGGCAUAAGAGAGAAAUACAGUCACAUUUGAGGGAUUAAAUUAGUCUUAACAGACUUAAUGUUCUCUAAGAUUUUAAAGAUUUUAUAUUCUUGAAUUUUCUUUGUGCAAUGUAUUUGCAAUGUGAGAUGGCCUACAACAAAGUAACCCAACAGAUAAAUCAGCAACUCAAUUCUAGAAGAUAUUCAAGGAUUGUGUAUAACCUUGAGGAAGUGAAACAAUGAGUGCUCCCUGGAAAUCAUCAGCAAGGACCACAGCCUCAAGGACAUUAUACCUGUACGAACACAGGAUGUGCCAAAUGAGUCUUAGCUUUAAUGACUGAACACAGAAGCAAAAGGGUUUGAUUUCCUACAGCGGGCUGGGGAAGGAACAGGGAGAGGAGGGCUUGACAGAGUGGCAGAAAGCAUGGGCUGUUUUGACUGGUAACUCAUGUUUUAGCCCUAAAGAGAUUUCUGCUUUUCCACCCCAUCUCUCUUUUAUCACCCUGUGUAGUACUUGUUACUCAUUUCCCCUCUGUAGUAGUAAAUUCUGAAUUCAUAUAUGAUUUUUCUUUGCUGAAAAGAAAAAGUGCUUGUUUUGCAAGGUAAUAUUGUCCAGCGUUCAAAGCAUUUAUUUCUACAGAAGUUACUAAAUACUGGCCUUCUGACAGAACAUCAGCUGUCUGUAAGAGCUGCUGGUAUCUGAAAUUACCUGAAAGUGUAAGUUAAUGCAUCCAAAUAUUUAAAAAGUUCACUUUUCAAAAUAUUUGGAAGUAUUAACUUCCAGAAAGUUCACUUUUCAAAAGUUUCAUAGAAUAAUGACUUUCAAGUAAUUUACAGAUUUCAAGAAUAUUUACAGAUGCUUUCAUCAUCUCUUCACAAGUAACUGUCACGUGAAUUCAAUAGGAAAAUUAUAGAUGGAUUUGCAAAAGCUACUUAAGAGUUAUUUGGACCAUCCAUGACCCUCUCACCUGGAAAGACAGGAUUGUACACCGCCGUGUGAAUAAAGCCUGCUCCAUUUCCUAUCACUGUGUGCUCAUGUUCACCUUUAUGAGUCUAAAAUAUGUGUUUGCAUUUUCUAACUGAACAAAGAACUUACCUUUUUGACCAAGGAACACGAUUCUGCAAGCCUCAGUCAUUUCCCUGCACUUCAGCCGGCUUUGAGGGCUGCCCUUUGAAUUUCUCCAAGAAGAAGAAGAACUUCCCAGUUUGAGGAGGUUUAUUUGGAAGCGACAUCAAUACAGUGACUAAGCUGAGCAUGUACUCAGCACUGCAGUCUUAGAUCAGCAGCUUGUUUUCCUCGUGCUGACUGACAUGUCUGUUUUGGCUUUAUCCUGAGAGCUGCCGUAACAUACAGCCUUUAUCUAGGAUUGACAAGGGAAGGAAAUUUAACUGGAAAGGGCAACAAUAAACCGGUGAUUCUUCCAAGUCACAUGAAGGCCUCCUGGCAGGUAGCGGUAUCCUGGGGAUGUGCAAGAGCCCCAGGAAAAUGCCAUGCAGCCUCUGCCAUUCCUUUCUUCCUGCCCCCUCAAACUCUCUUCCCUUUGGCAGCCCCACUAAGGGUUUAACAUUUACUCAGAGCCAACACAGGCGGGACACAAGCCAGCCCAAAGGCAAUGGCUUGGCACAGGCAGGAAAAAGCAGCUUGGAGUGAGCCCAUCUCCCCUGUUCUCUCCCCUGGGCUCUGCCCGAGGGCCAGGUCAGGUGGGGCACCUGCACUGGCAGCACCACACCCACUCUGCCAAACAUCUCCAGCUGUUCCUGCCCCUGUACCGGACAUGCGGGGAGCAGGGGCUGGGAAAGGCCUGGCUGGAGGGAUGGGGGCUCAGGCCUGGCUCGCAGCAGGCUCAGCAACAGUUGGCCCCAGCAAUGCUGUGCAAGGGGAGAGAGCCCUGAUCCUGAAGUGGGGCUCUGUGCUACAGCAGAUUUGCUGAAGCCACUGGAGGCUCUUUCUCCCCUUGUGGGCCAUUCCCAGGUCUGCCAUCUGAAAGCUCGGUGGUGGCCUGCAUGAAAUAAUGAAUGGAAUUACUCCAGCUAACGGCAAAUAUUUAGAAACAAAACAAAACACACCAUUUUUGGCUGGGACUGAAGGGGCUGCCACUGAAGUUGGCUGUUUAGAAUACCUCUGAAGAGCAGGGAACUUUGCACAUAUCUGAUAUGCUCAGAAAUUCAGUCCACAGAACAAAAACAAAAGGAUGCAGCAUUCUUGGCAACCUCAUCUGAGACAUAAGAAGUGCUGUUUUAUCAUAAAUUGCAUAUAGGGAACAAAUUGAUCAGCGCUAAACAUCUCAAACUCAUUGUUUUAGUUGACAUUUGGUUUCUGAACAUUAAAAUGUAUGAAUAGCAGAAAUAUUUUCUUCUAAAAUGCAGGUAUUCAAAGAAGGUUUUUUCAGUUAAUAAUAAAGAAACCUAAAUGUUUAA